CUUCUCUCAUCUCAGUGCCAGUAUCAUCAAUCACCCAAGAAGAAGAAUCAAUAGAAAUCCGAAGUUUCUCAGAUAGACUUCAAUUAGAACUUUAACUUCUUCUUCCUUUUUUUUUUCGAUCAAUCCUUACGCAUCACCAUGGCUGAGGAAGUGAAGAACGUGACUGAGCAGGAAGCGCCAAGAGUAGCGACGGAUGAGUCAUCGGAGACGGCAGAGGUCAAGGAUCGGGGAUUGUUCGAUUUCAUGGGGAAGAAGGAUGAAGCGAAACCCGAAGAGUCGAUCGCGACGGAAUUCGAUCACAAGGUUCAGGUGUCGGAGCCGGUGCCGGAGAAGAAGCACGAGGAGGAGGAGGAGAAGAAGCCUAGUCUCCUCGAGAAGCUUCACCGGACCAGUAGCUCUUCCAGCUCCUCGAGCGAGGAAGAGGGCGAAAAUGGGGAGAAGAGGAAGAAGAAGAAGGAUAAGAAGAAGACUGAAGGAGAGGAGAAAGGGUUCAUGGAGAAGAUAAAGGAAAAGCUGCCUGGUCAAGCCAAGACGCCGGAGGAGGCCUCAGCCGCCGAGGAGACGGCGCCACCGCAGAAUCCGGCGGAGAAGAAGGGGAUUCUGGAGAAGAUAAAGGAGAAACUUCCUGGGUACCACACAAAGAGUGGAGAAGAGGAGAAGAAGGAAAAGGAGUCCGAUUAAAGAUGCGAAGAAGAAUGAUGAGAUUUCAACCAUGCUUUGCUUUAUGUGAUGAAUGUGAUGAUGAUGAUCCUUUGUUUGUCGGUCAUGUAUUUUUGUGUAUUCGUCUGUAUAAUGUCUGUGUAUUGGUGUAUAACCUCACAUACACCAUAUUGAUGUAUGUCGGUUUGUAUGUACGCUUUUACUUAAAUUAUAAAUUAGUAUUUAUAAGAAA